AGGGCUGAUUAUCGACUGUGACUGUCCUGACUCGGAGGAGUCGGUCUCAUUGUGGAGAAUUCAGUUGCGGCGCUGUACCGUAACUUUCAAUUAGCCUAACCAGACGUACGGAGACCUUUCCUGGGGAUGACAGGUUUGCCGCUGCGAGCGUCAGGAAGUAGAGCGCGGACAGGUUUUCAAAAGGCCUUAGCAUGAACAGGCCCAGCAUGGGCUCCAGAACACUGUGGACUGUGGUCUGCGUAAUAACAGUCUUCCUGAGGGCAGGUAUCACUGGGGCCAUGCAGGUGACCUCCUCGGGGCCUCAGACCAUUCAAAAGGCCCUGGACGAAAAGGUGAACCUGGGCUGCACGUUCAUAUCGGGUGCUUCUGAUACGGGAGAGCUGGACAUCGAGUGGACCAUGGUCAGCCCCGACAUGACCCAGAAAGACAUGCCGAUCUUAUCUUACACGGGCCAGAAGAAGUACCUCCACGGCCCUCAGAGCCUAAUGAAGAGGCUGGACUUCAUCACGGUCGACCCCAGCCUGGGAGACGCCUCCAUCUCCAUAUCUGGCCUGCUGGUAUCCGACGCGGGCACUUACCAGUGCAAAGUGAAGAAGGCUCCGGGCGUUGACAUGCGGAAGGUCACCCUUGUUGUGAUGGUGCCCCCAUCAGUGCCCAAGUGCUGGGUGGAGGGAGGUGAGGAGAUCGGGGGCCCGGUCUCCUUGCGCUGCAAGUCGUCUCAGGGAUCCAUCCCCAUCAGCUACACUUGGAAAAGAGAGAGUGGAGGGGCCAUUCCACCAGUCGCAACCCAGAACACUCUGACUGGAGAGCUCCUGUUCACGAAUCACUCUGAAAGCUACAAGGGAAACUACUUGUGUGAGGUGAAGAAUGCAGUGGGCCAGCAGAGCUGUCGAUACACCCUGCAAGCAGUUCAACCCACCAACAAAACUGCAGUGAUCGUGGGUGCCGUGAUUGGCGCGCUGCUGCUGUUGCUCCUCCUCCUGCUCCUCAUCUGGCUUCUGGUUUGCCUCUGCCACAAGCGACGCUAUCAGAAGGAGGUGGCCAAUGAGAUCAGGGAAGAUGCCCCGGCCCCGGAGAGCAGGCCUGGCAGCCGGAACUCCAGCUUCCGCUCGGUCAUGGGGUAUCGUGCCCACCCCGGAAUAUACAGCUCGGUGAGGAACGCGAAAUGGAUAGGGUCCGAGCGCGGCAGCGUCCAAUCGAACAGGAGCAGGACCGCACCGCCCACCAACAGCCAGGCAGCGCCGCUAAAAUACGACAGCAGAUACGGAUACCCCGUAUAGAACUGGCGGAACUGAACAACGUGCAGCGGUCACGGUUUUGGGAGGCCAUAAUGUGCAAGACCCACAAACUGGGUGCUGGGGUUUAGUCAUUGAAGGCCUGCACUGGAGUGUCGCUCAACGGCUAAUCUGUGAUCAGCUCAUAUAAAAUGGUGUAAAUCUGGGUUAAUAUUUUACAGUGUCAACAGUGUAACUCAAUAUUGUAGUGUGCAUGCGUGUGUGUGUGGUGUGCGUGCGAGUGUGCAUGUGUGUGUGCAUGCGCGUGUGUGUGUGCUUGGAACAUAUUUUAAUACUGUAUAUAUUGUGAAUGAUUGUAUCCUCAGUGUCUAUUUUGCAAAUUUAUAGAUACUAAUUGAUAUUAAUUUCUAGUUUUUUAAACCAUUUAAUAAAGGUUUGUAACAUAUUUUCUAAAUUUGUAUGAAGACCCUUUUGCAGAGUGUUGUUUUUAUGGAAGGCAGCAACCUCAAGUGGGGCAAAAAGCUGUAACACUAAUGUAUUGGGUAACUAUGCAACAAUGUAGCAAUGCAUUAUAGUAUUAUGACUGCAAUAUGAUUGGUUCAAAUCCUGCCUGUAUGUGUGGUGAGGACACGCUGUACAAAUGCUGAUGGGGGAAGUUUAGUAUUAGUCUCUGUAUUAGUCUCUGGAAAGAAACAUACUUUUUUGUGUAAUUGGCUUUCAUUAUCCAGAGAGAGAUCUUUUUUGGUUCUAGUGCAGUGUUGUACAUAAAAUGUAACAUGUUAAUGUAAAUGUUUACAUGAACCUGAAAAGUAAUUAUGAGAGUGGGAACAAGGGGAAUGAAUGAUUCAGUUGGCCUGGACAAAUACACCAUCCUUAAGCUUUUGGA